ACCAUGGCUGUUCCUCACUGGCUCCUCAUGUCUGCGCUCUUUCUGCUGCCCCUCCUGGCACAGGUUUUGGCACAGGAACCAGGAUGUUCUGUCAAUAACAACAAACCAAGUGUCCCUGAAAAUAAAUGUCCUUAUGUGGUGACUAGUGUCCACAUGCAGCCAGGUUUCACCCUAACAAUUGACCCCAAUUUCCCUGAUGGCCAAUUCUUCGCCAUUGAGGGCUUGGAGCUGAAGCUGACAAAGUGUGUGGACUAUGAGGAAGACCCUGUGCUGCUGCUGUACUUGAUCUGCAAGGACCCUGCUGGCCAGACUGAUUCCUUGGAAAUCCUAGUCACCAUUCUGAACGAGAACGACAACAGCCCCGUGUUUGCACAGCCAAACAUCACCAGGGAUGUCCCAGAGGAUACAAAAGUAGACACAGCUAUUGUAGCCCGUGAAGAAUUAAGUGCUACUGAUGCUGACCUGGACACCAUCUACUAUGAACUCACUACUACAGUGCAGGACACAGAUGGUUAUUUUGCCAUAAGAGGAGCUAAUAACCCAGAAAUUUAUUUACAAAAAACAUUGGACUAUGACAAAUUUACUUCGACAACGUUGCUCUUGUAUGCCAGGGACAGGCCUGUGACCAGCCCCGAGCCCAGCAACAAUGCCACUGCAACAAUAACCAUCACCAUCCAGCAGAGUGACACCCGGGCACCCUGGUUCCUGCCCUGCACCCGGAUCCACAAUGACGCCAGCGUCUGCAUCAGCAGCCCCUACUCUGGCAGGGUCAACAUCUCCGAGAUGUCGACAGAGCCACUUCUCCUGGAGCCAGGGCCCAUCUAUGCUAUAGACCCUGACUACACCAUCAGUGACAGGAUCCUGUACAGCAUUGUUGGGGGUAAUACAGACAACGUGUUCUCAGUGGAUGCAGACACAGGGAAUCUAACCAUGAACAAAAUAGUGACUUCCCCAGAUUCCUUUUUGUUGCAAGUUAUGGCUGCCCAGGUCAGCAACAUAAGGAAAUACUCUGUAGCCACUGUAGAGAUCAAGGUCAUCAAUAAAAGCAAUUUUCCACCCUACUUUGAGAAGGGGGUCUACAACGGGAUGGUGUUUGUUGGGCUGCCCCAGAGAAGCUUUGUCUACCAAGCUGGAGAUCCUUCCACCCCUCUGGUGAUAACAGCAAUGGAUCAGGAUUUCCCUGAUAAAGUCAACCCCAACAUUGAGUAUUUCCUCAAAAACAGCACUGAUUUCAUUGCAACCAGGGAUGGGCUCAUCCUGACCAACAUAGUGCUGGAGUCCCCAGGAACUGUGACCAUCCAGGCUGUUGGAAAAGAUGUGUUGAGCCUGCAGGAGGCAAGCACCAUAAUUGUGGUUGAAGUCAUCCUUGCCACAGCUGUGACCCCCUCUGACAAGAUGUACUCUGCUCAGGACAUGGCUAUCUUAGGGGGCACAUUAGCAGCACUGCUGUUAAUUGCCUUAGUCUUCCUUGGAGUGCUGGUAUGGAAAUCCAGUAGAUGGUACAGGAAACCUGUCAAAUACCUGAUGAAGAAAAAGCUCACCAUGGAGAUCUCUGGAGGUCACCAGAAUGAAUAUUACCAGGAAGAUGAGCAGCCUUAUGUGAACACCAAGCAGCAUGAGCCAUCAGAAACCAGCAGUGUCCAGGCAGAGCCUCCUGUGCCAGAGCAGCCAGCACUUGCCUUGUACUCCUCUGGUGCAGAGGAAACAGACAGUCUCCCAAAGGGCUCCACAGCUUCCACUGUCACCUUUGACCAGGAAGAGAAAGAGGAAGAAAAGGAAGAAGAGGCUGGACAGGAGAAAGAAGUGAAGUCAAUCCUCAAAACAGACAGGCACUUGGCAGAUGAUGGCUACAAAGCUGUGUGGUUUAAGACUGAUGUGGACCCCGAGGCUGGAGAGAGGGUUGAAGUGAUUGAGGACAAUGCAGCAGCAGAUGAUGAUGAUGAUGAUGAUGAUGACAGUGACCAAGAUCUGAAGAAGAAUGAGGAGGAGGAGGAGGGAGAAAGUUCUGACACAGACAAUCACCACCGAGGGCUGGAAGAGCCCUUUGCCUCAGAGAGCUCAUCACCCCCAGCAGCAGAGGUGACAGCCAACAUGUCUCACACAGGUGCAGGGACAGCUGACUCUAAGAUAUAA